UGUCGUAUACAGAGCAUGCUCGCGGCCACCUCAGACAUUUCGAAGGCAACUAUUACGGAUGCAACGGCUUCCAUCCGGGGUCUUCAUGGACAUUCCGGCAUUCAUCCACACCACCAAGAAAAGCUUUCAACUACGAAGGAUUGCAAUUACUUGAGACACAAGAGUGCGCACAGGAAAUUGAUGCUUGCAACAUCCCUCGCUCUUGCCUCGUUGCCUGUUAGCUCCGACCAGCAGCGCUUGAUUUCAUUUGGACCACGUGUUACUGGGGUUCUGUUUCUGUGCCUUAAUUCUUCGACUUGCUCACAGGUCUCCUUCGUGACUGUUCUUGACCCUCCAUCGAAGUCUGCGAUCAUGGCAACGUUAGCGGACUCCUUUUUGGCAGACUUGGAGGAUUUGUCUGAUGAGGAAAUUCUGGAUGAGGAGGUUGCCGAAGCCGCAGAAGAGGCUGCCGAUGCAGAUGAAGAAAUGGCCGAGGUUCCCAUCCUCAAGUUCGAUGAUUUGGAUAGUGUCGCCAAAUUGCAAAAGAGUCAACGGUUUCAUGAUAUUAUGAAGAAGGUGGAUGAAGCAAUGGCAAAUGGCACAGAAAGUUCGUCCAAAGGUUUGGUUGCGGAGGAUGAUCCAGAGUACCAGCUUAUUGUUGAAUGUAACGCCCUUUCUGUUGAUAUCGAUAAUGAGAUCACAAUUAUCCACAAUUUCAUUCGAGACAAGUACCGGGCCAAGUUUCCGGAGCUGGAAUCGUUAGUGUUGCAUCCUAUCGAUUAUUCACGACUUGUGAAGCAAAUUGGCAACGAGAUGGAUCUCACUUUGGUCGACUUAGAAGGACUUCUGCCUUCUGCUACUAUUAUGGUCGUAUCUGUUACUGCUUCUACCACUAGUGGAAAGCCUCUCUCUGAGGAGAACCUACAGAAAACCAUUGAAGCUUGUGACCGGGCACUUGCUCUCGAUGAAGCCAAGAAGAAAGUUUUAGAGUUUGUGGAAAGUAGAAUGGGUUACAUUGCACCAAAUCUAUCGGCUGUUGUUGGUAGUACAGUUGCUGCGAAGCUGAUGGGUGUGGCAGGUGGCCUUGCUGCUCUUUCAAAAAUGCCAGCUUGCAAUGUACAGAUCCUGGGUGCAAAGAAAAAAAAUUUGGCUGGAUUCUCAACUGCAACUGCACUUCCACACACAGGUUUCGUGUUUCACACGGAGAUUGUGCAAAGUACUCCUCCACCUCUUCGAAUGAAAGCGUGUCGUCUAGUUGCUGGUAAGUCAACCUUGGCUGCUCGAGUUGAUUUUACAAGAGGUGACCUCUCUGCUAAAAUCGGGCAGGAGUUGCGUGAAGAUAUCCGAAAGAAGAUUGAAAAAUGGCAAGAACCACCCCCUCCCAAACAGCCCAAACCUCUCCCGGUCCCAGACAGCGAUCCUAAGAAAAAGAGAGGUGGCCGUCGUCUUAGAAAGAUGAAGGAGAGAUAUGCCUUGACUGACAUGCGCAAACUUGCAAAUCGGAUGAAAUUUGGUGUACCCGAAGAGAGUUCACUUGGGGAUGGAUUAGGAGAGGGUUAUGGAAUGCUUGGGCAGGCUGGCAGUGGCAAGUUGCGAGUGUCGAUCGGUCAAAGUAAGCUUGCUGCGAAGGUUGCGAAGAAAUUUAAGGAGAAACAAUACGGCAGUAGUGGUGCCACAUCGGGUCUUUCUUCUAGUCUUGCAUUCACGCCUGUCCAGGGCAUUGAGCUGAGUAAUCCUCAAGCACAGGCGGGUUUGCUCGGGAGCGGGACUGCAAGCACCUAUUUUUCAGAGACUGGAACUUUUUCCAAGAUAAAGAGGAUUUAAUGUGGGUUAGGAAUUUGGUCUUUUUGAGCUGUGAGCAUGAUAGAAGUUGCUUGUUUUAUUCUAGUCAUCCUUGUACCUGGGGUUGGCCCGCUCAGCAAGCUCCUUAUAGAAGACUUUUGAUCGUCAGGGUUCAGCCUAGUGUCACGGACUAGGUGUGCUACACUUUGAAUGUGUUCAUUGCGAAACUUGUUUAUAGCUGUGACCUUCGAGCGUCUGGAUAUCUGUCAGAAGUCUAAUUGCAUCAAUAUCAUUGGACUGUGGCAUGUGUUGCGGUAUUGUUCUUUUCGAAA